AUGGCCGGCCGGAGCCUAGCUCCGGGCUGUGGCCCUCCCUGCCCCCCCAUCUCUGGGACCGAGCUGCCUGGAUGCUGGCCGCAGUGGCAUCUCACCAGCAGCGGUGUGGCCCACCACAUUAUCCCACCCGCGCCCUUUCCCCCGCCUACCCUCCAGUCCACCGAGGCGGAGCCCCUGCCCCCAGCCGCAAAGCAGGGUUUGCACAUCAGGGCUUUCGACGAGGUCAUCAACAGAUGGGAGACAACUUCUGGCUCGGCUUUUGUGCCCAAGACCUACGGCGGGCCCUACGCGCAGCCCAGGGCCCCAGAACCUGCAGACCCCGCGCGGGUUAUAGGGAUCAAGGAUUUAGGGGAAAAGCUCAGGCACCACAGCUGGCGCCUCCCUCUGAUCACAAAGCGCCAGUGCAGCGAGAUGAGGGCGCAGUAUACCCGCUGGCCCGACCUGGACCAGGGCGCCACCGGCUACCCCGCGCCCCAGCCCCCGGCGCCUGCGGACCGCCACAGUGGGGGCCCUUCUCAGGCCCUGCUCCCCUGGAUGAAGAACCCCAAGCUGGUGGGCCAGCCUUUCACAGGACCCGACCAGAGCGUCCUGGACCGCCAUCAGUUCUAUCUGUCCACCUCGGCCCGGGACUUCCGCGCCUACUCCAAGAAGGAGUUGCUCGGAUACCCCGGCAAGGACUCGCUGAGCUACUGGAACUUCGAGGAGACUCCCAAGGUGUGGGGCCACGGCCCGCAGCAGCCGCCCUGUCCGCGCUCCUCUCGGACCCGCGUGCCCCGUGCCCGCCCCGUGACGCCUGCUGUGCCGCACCGCGGGGCGCUCCCUCUGGCUCAGGAGUCCUACAGCGCCCCACUGCACCCGCUCCGCCGGCUUGACCGUUUCUGCCCGCUGGAGCUUCCCUGGGGCGGCCCCCACUGGAAGCCUGUGCCCGGCAUCUACAGCGUGCCGCAAGCCUACCGCACCGAGAACUCCAACUACGGCAGUGUGAAACCCGCACUCGUUUGA